AUGAUAAUACUUGGAUACAUCGAUAGAGAGAUCAAAAACAAAAGUAAUUUCAAGAAAUAUGUAGAAAUAGAUAGUAAAUUGGGUGGUAGCCCGGUAAGUUUUUGUUCAGUAUGCAUUAGAAAAUCUAAUUUUAUGAAGGAUUUUUUAACAGAGUGUAAUUUUCAAGUAAAUUGUACAAAAUGCAACUUUCCAUUAAAAUUUACAUUACAAUUAAAUACUCCAUAUUCAACUACUAAGAGACGAGUUAUAUAUUUGUUUUAUUGUGAUAAUAAUUAUUGUAGCACUACUUGGAGAGUUCUGAGGUCCUCAAUUAAAUCAAAUUCAGCUGAGAUAACUGAAACUUUGCCAUAUGAAGAAGAGAAUAUUCUAUCAGAUGAUUGGCUCCAAUCUGCUGGUAUAGAAGUGAAUGAAUUUGUAAAUGACCAAAAUAUUCAAAAUGGUUUGAAAAGUAUUGAAAAAUCAAAUAUAAAUUGCAAAUUUACUGAGAAAAGCUAUUUAAUUAAUUGUAUAUCCGAAAAAAAUAUUGAUAGUAUUGAUACAAAGACUAAAGUUCUACUUAAUUCAUACAUAUCAAAUGAUGACAAUGAUCCAAUUGAGAUUAAAAAUAGUUUAGACUCCGACAAUUCAUCUGAAAAAAGUGACAUUGAAUAUUUAGAUCCAUCAAGUGUUGACGAAAGCUUCUAUGUAUCUGAUAAGGACAAAUAUUUACACAAUUUUUCUUUGGAGAUUUCAAAAUUUCCAAAACAGAUAAUCAGAUAUUGUUUUGGUGGUACUCCUUUAUAUUCAGAAUCUCCAAAAAAAAUAAUUAUUCCAAGCUGUAAAGAAUGUGGUUCAAACAAAGUUUUUGAGUUCCAAAUCAUUUCUACAGUAAUAUAUGAGUGGGAAAACUUAUUUGGAGAAAAAGACGUUUUCGUUAAAUGCAAUACAGAUUGGUCAACAAUAAUUGUAUAUACAUGUUCUAAAGACUGUAAUGUGGAAUUUUCGGAAGAAUCAAUCAUUGUACAGCAUUUCAAAUAG